AUGGACUGUCGCUAUGGAAGUGUCUCCAUCCUCUUGAGGAAGUACCUGGUGCUGAUGGGCUGUAUCAUGCUGCUGAUGCCGGUCUCUGUCUCGGUCUACUUCGGUAACUUCCUCACCUACCUGGCGUCCUAUUACCACGCCCACAUGUCACGUGUUCAUAUGUGGGUGGAUCCGCUGUGGCUUUCCUCCGCCUUUAAAAUAUUUCAACCAAUCGGGAUGAUCCUGGGUGGGUUCAUUGAGACCAAGUCGUCUUUGAAGACGGGGAUCUUGGUUGGGGCCGUGAUACAAAGUACGUCUGUGAUCCUCAGCUACUGGGCGGUGCAGGAACCUCUGGCACUACUUUUGUGUUUCGGGACAGCACAAGGCGUGGCUGGUGGGAUUCUCCAGGCUCUGCCUUACAAGAUGGCGGCUCAGACAUUUCCUGGAAAAAGUGGAUUCGCAAUUGGGAUAUUAUCAACAGGUCCAGGCACCUUUUCUCUCCUCCAUAUGCUCCUUUCGUACUACCUUAUCAACCCAUCCAACAUCGCUACGGACAUUGAAAUCAACAACAUCCGGUAUUUCACUGAUCCGGGAGUCAUUGAAAGAGUUCCCCAAUUUUUUCUAAAAAUAGGACUUUUCACAUUCGCUCUACAGCUGGUAGGGUUUAUCCUGAUACAGUGUAGGCCGAAAGAGUUAAACCCGCCUGACGAUGGGCAGACGGAGGAGUUACUUGUGGGUUCGAAACCAGAAGAUGGGGAGAGCGACGAUUACGAUAAUGUUGCAGGUGAAAUUUCUAAGAGAAAGGAUAAUAAACGUUAUAACAAUGAAACAGUAUUUAGUGAAGACAUUGAAAAGAACGAUCACGAUAAGCUAAUGUCUCAAACUACAAGGGAAAUCACAAAGGGUAGCGUGACAGAUAUCCAGGCAAUACAAGAAAAGAUGUUGGAUAUAGAUGAAGAAAAUGUACGUGACAAGAAAUACAAAGAAAAUUCUGAGAAUAUCGUGAAAGAUUUGACACCUCGCGAGAUGCUGUGCACUUUGACCUUUUGGAAAGUCUGGACAAUCUUCGCGCUGAUGGGACACACCUUCUUCAUCCACCUCAACCUCUACAAACAGUUCGGUCUGACCGUCAUCAACAACGACAACACCCUCGUCAUGACGGGCACCAUCAGCACCUUCGUCCUGAUGGUGUUCCGUCCUCUGGUCGGCUUCAUGUCCGACAAAUACGGCCUUAAGCCUGUCCUGGUCACCACCUGCGCUUGCUCCAACUUUUUCAUGACCAUGAUGCCCAUAUCACUCUACACUUUCCCACAGUUGUACAUCGUCUUCGUGGCUUUGGAGUUCUACGCCAUUUCGUCGGUAAGGGUCUUCUACUACAUGACCCCUAUGGCGCUCUUUGGACAAAAACAUUUCGCGUCCAACGUCGGUUUUAUGUCUGCGUCACAGUGGGUCGUCUUCUUCAUCGAUCCUGUUAUCGUCCCUCUCCUUAUCGUUAGCAUCGGCUGGACCAACGUGUUUCUGACGGGCUCUGUGGCCGCCGCACUGGCGUUUUUUCUAAGUCUUUCGAUACCAGAUCUCGAGGUCAAGAAGAAAAAAUAG